AUGGCCAAAAUCCUCGACGUCGAGCCCUUGGGCCAGUGGAGGUAUAUGACAGAAUUCUGGUGGCAGAUAGUGUUUAUGGCUAUCUUCUUUGCCUGUGUCGCCAGCGGAUGUCUGUACCUCUUGUACGCCGGGUCCAAGAAAGCUCUCAGGUACUAUAAGUCGAGGCCACGGUCUCAAAAAGUGCCUGAAAAGGUCUCUCAAAGGCUGGACGCACUCUCCAAUCAUAAUUUCACCCUGAGUAACACUCAGACGAAGCAAAAGCCAUCGUCGUUUGGAGUUUACCUAGGAAGCUUCAGCGAACCUGUAUCUCAAUCUCAGCGCAAACUUCUGUCUCAAUGGGAUUUGUUGAUCGUGGAUCCGCUCCAGUCUGGUGUCAUCAACGCAAUCUCCAACCUCGAUAGAAAGCAGGUCCUAGGAAGAAUCGACCUAUCUCUUAUCAUCUCCCAAGACUCGACAUUGGCCGCCAUCGAAAAUAUCGAAAACAUCUUGACCCGGAAGUUCAACGGCACAGCGUUCUCUGGGGUCUUGCUGGCUAACUGGGAGGACAAAUUCACCUCGACCACCCAGAAGAAACUUGUCGAGGCGAUCCAUAGCCUAGGGUUGGCCGUCUAUCUGGAAACAUCAGCCCCUGAAUUCUUGACAGAGCGAAAUGUCCUGCAAACCGAUGCUAUUUCAGGUCUGGUUAUCAGAAAUGUCAGUAUUCUUCCAAACGGCGAGAAACGCGAUUAUUUUCAAAUGGAAAAGCUGCAGCCGACUAUCAAAGCCUUUGUCUCGGAAUCUUGUGUACGAGACUUUGUGGUAAUGGCAUGGGAGACGGUUGAUGACGAUGUUUCGGUAUCAAACGCCGUCGUGCGACGGUCGCUGCAGUGGUGCAACUUUUACAGCGCAAUUGCCUCCAUCGGUUCUGAAUCGGCUCUUCACGAUGCAGAUCUCAAUGCUCGAACUGUAGAGCCCCUCCCCGCAUUCGGAUGGCUCAAGGAAAGCGAAACCAUGAAAGCCCAUGAUAAUUGGCGAUUCAACAUGAAUGUUGAACAAACCGCCAUCGACAAUGAAGCAUGGAACACGCUACUUCCGCUUUUUCCAUCUCUUCAGGAUGUCCUUGAAUCCGCCGAGUUCCAACCAGAUGUAAAGGCUAAGUUGUCGACGAGCAUUCGCGAUCCACCCGAAUGGGUAGCCCAGAUUAAGUCGCAGGGUAGUCCGCUGUCCAUCUCCAUGUCUGGUGUCGAGUAUAAAUCUUUUGGCUGUUUCCCUCUUGGUUCCGAAGCCACCGCCGUUGCCUUUGCCGAAAUCCUUCAGUCCCAGCAACGUCUCAAAUCUCUCGGUCUACUUCACCCUGUUCCAACGGAUAAAAUUCAGAAUAUCGGUACCCUUCUCAAGCAAUUCCAUGAAGGCUUCGUUCUGUCACACUGGGCUGGUUCGAGUCAACUUGCUGCUGCAAUCAAAGAGCUCUCUACUCUCGCAUGCAAUGAAGUCCUUCGUGUAAACCUGGGACUGGAUUCUGGAUUGCGCAAAAGCGCCGAUGUCCGCUUUUGGGCUGUUUAUCAAAUGGACACUGAAGGUAUUGAAAUAUUCGCCUCAAAGAGCGCCCAAGGAUUGGCUGGAACUGUCCUCCAUACAUUCCUUUCCUCCAAAGGCUUUCCCCGUCAUGUAUGCUUUGAGGCAGAAGUCGCUUUGGCGAGUUGGUCGAAGGGACUGGCUGAGGACAUUGUGCUACCGCGCCGACUUGUCCAGGAUAUUGAUGUUCUUAGCCCAGAGGAGCGUCUGCUUCUGUUGCAACACUUGACCCUGACAGACGCUAAGGAUGAAGUAUCUGGGACCAUCUGUGCUUAUAUCCGCCGACAGCUCAUUGACGCACCGUCUCUUGCUCAGCUCAAGGAUCUCAAUACGUUUGGCUAUCUCGGAGGUUCUAUCUCUCCUGAAAUGCUGGUAAACAGCAGAAUCAACUGGUAUCAAGAGCAAGGAUGCCAGUAUCCGUCCAACGCAUCGUGUCUUGCCUUGUUUAAUGAAGUUGACUUGGUCUUCACCCAGAUUCUGAGAGAGCGCCGUGAAAGUGAUCUAGCUCGCAUUACUAAAGGUCUAUGUGAUCUUGCUCAAAAAGAUAGCAUUGACUGUUAUGUCGAUAUCUUGGCACUGUCGUUGUUCUGUGCUGCAAGAAAAGGUGCAUUCGACGAAAUCUACGCGGAAGUCACGGAUCGAAACCCGUUGUUCAACAACCAGUCCGACCAGGCCGCUGCUUUUGCUGAAUCUUUUGCCCUUGGAUCGCGCUGUGAAGCUUAUUUCGAUGUUUCGCCUAGUGUAUUUGGAAAACUAUUGUCGGAUCGCUUCAGAACAUACUACAAUGAACACCCGCCACCGAACUGGGUCAAUGGCGCCCCGCAGAUGGCUACAGCUUAUGCGGGAGCGCAGAUCGAUGUUAACCCCGAUGACAAAGUCAAAUCGAUGCCUGGGUACCAACGCUUCACUUUCCUGAGUGUCUUUGCUAUUCCGGCUUUGAUUGAUAUCAUCCUCCUUACUAUUAUCGGUCGUGGGUUGUACCUUUCAGCCUUCAUGACCUUCGAAGAACAACAAAGUGCCACCAUAGCCCUAAUGAUCUCCCUUUUGCUGUCCGGUGCCAUCGGGACGUGGAUUGCCUGUGGAGGCCCAUACUAUCUCAUCUCAAUGGCUUUUUCAGCGGCGAAUAUGUUCGUGUUCAUUCGACUCAUUGCCGGUAUUGCCUUCACCGUUGCAGGUGGUUUGAUCGGAUUCAUUGCCAUCUCAAGUGUCAACGGACCACGCGCAGGAAUCGUUUUUUAUCUCUACCUGAUCGCCUUGACAAUUUACUUCUCUGCUUUCGCUUCACUCGCGAGUUUCAGCUAUCCCGGCACUGCCUUCUUGUCUGGACGCAAGGUGAUUUUCCUUUGCCUUCCGAUUCUUUUUGUUUCGCCUAUCAUCACCACGUUCACAGGGCAUGAUUCCGCAAUCUAUCUUGCUAUCCUUUAUGUCUUUAUCGGCAUGUUACUACUCGGACUUCGACAUGUCGCCUCCAAGUGGGUUACUUGGUAUCAGAAGCUUCGAAGAACAGAUGACACUGAGAUCCGAAAGUGGUACAUUUCGACCUACGGUAAUAACGACGAGAAGGUAUUCGGCAAUUUGAGUGAUCCAGCUGUGAUGAAACUAUCGAGAGAGGCAUUGCUGAAGGAUAUUCUGGCUGAAAAGAGCCGAUGGUUUUUCUCCAAGCAAACUUCCGACAAACUUGUUCUUGAACUUUCCAGCGACUGGGAAUCGACUAAUUUCCUCCUCGACUGGUAUUGCAGAUAUGCGGAUGUCCCACGCCCCAUUCCGUUCAGCUCAUCUUGGAACAUCCAAACCAAGGUCGCAUUGGAUACACUGCGGGGCUCUCAAAAGGGUCUACGCCUACAUAAUGCUUUCAUCCAUUGGCGCCAGUCAAAUAGGGAGAUGGGAUGUGGAGUCUUGUACUUUGUUGUGGCCCUUCUUGAUAAGUGGGUGGAUCUGCUGACCGGUGGUCAUAACGCUGGUCUUGCGCCAUCCUUGACGGACCCAUACCGUAUGGCCGUUGGUUUUGGUCUGGUAUACUACCUGAUCGGUGCUGUCCUUAUCGACACCAAGGCCCAGGAACUUCACAGCCUCAUCGGCGGACAAAAACCUGUGGCUGUCAACACCGCCAAAGAUAUCCGCCUCUCGCAGAAGAGAGAUGUGAGGUUCAAGCGAAAGGUGUACUGGAAAACCCUUUUCAAGUACUUCAUGUGGCUCGUAUGGAGUCUGGCCUUUGCCACCGCUCUCAUUUGGACUUUCCAGAUGUUCAUGGAAGCCAUGAUCAUGUUCUACGCAUAUGUCCUCGCGUACACCGGUCUCCUUUGGUACCAAUAUACCAAGAUUUUCGCCGGUCCUCACGCUCUGAAGCCGCUUCUGAUCGGUAUUGUUGUUGGCCUUCCUGUCGGUAUUGCUCUCAAGGUCUGUCUACCCAAAUUCUUGUACUCUGAGGUUAUCGGCUUGGGAGCGUGUGGUUGGACAGUUGCCAUUCUAUCAAUAUGGACGGCAAAAAUGGGCAUGCCACAGAAGGUUGAUUCACCCGUCGAGCUCGGAAGGACAUUCCACGCAUACACUACCGCAUGGGCAGACCCCGAAUGGUCACAGCAAGAACUCCAGACCUUCUUCGAGAAUAUGUCACUCAUUCCAUUCGAAUCCCGUCUCAAGCUUGAUCCCAACAGUCACCCCGGUGUCGAAGUUAAGAACAUCCUACUCUCGCGCAGGGAAGAGCCAAGGAUCGAAGAAGCGUUUCCAAGUGCCAAGGAAAUCGUCAGUAAGGCCAUUGGGGCAUGGGAAAGGGGCAAUAUCUUGCUUGAACUUGUUCCACAAGGCUUGCUCGGUCCUGGAAUCCGAGCUCUGAGCUGUAAUACCGAAAGCCAACUGAAGCUUGCCAUUGGGGUAGGACGAGGACUCAACCAGAGGAUUGAUGUCAGUUCCAACUGCCAGGUCAUUGCUGAGACUCUUGUCCACGCGGUCUCUGAAGCCAUCAUGGGAGUUCCCCACGAAUAUGCUGUCUUUGCAGAAUCGCUCGUCACCGCAGGUGUGACUGAGACCAUGGCUCGACAGCUCCGUGAAGAGUCUAAUGCACUGGUUGUCAUCCGCUGGGCCAAAAAGGAAUUACUGCGACAGUUAUGUCUAGGCUUUGAGUGCGACACUCAUUGGGAAAAGCUACCCAAAGAGAUUCGGAAUGCCCUGCUAGACCGUUGCUUGGGACGUCCCUGUCGACUGUCCGAUGUUCAGGGAAAGUGGCUUCAGAAGAAACUCUGUCGGUUCGACACCAAUGAUCUCAAUGUGCAUGUUGCCCGGUGUAAUCUUGGAGCGGCCUCAGCGGCCAGCAUCAUUGACCACGCCCAUUACGGAACUGGCGAAGGUGCUGUCCCCAGAGACCCGGAGACUUCGCCUUACAUUUCACAUGUUCCAAGGAGUCUUCCCGUUGUGAUAUCUUUCGUCAAGACCCCUUUCAGCUACAUGUACCACACCCUUGGUGCAUUCAUCAAGUUCAUUGUCGUUGCCUUGGUCGCCGAUCCUGAGUUUCAAAGAGAAUUCGACAAUGUCAUGAGCUCCCAUCCUACGAUCGUCCGUGUUCCAUGUAUCUUCAUUAUGAACAUGAUCUGGUACUAUGCCAAGAUAGCCCAAGACUUUGGCCUGAUGCUCUUUUUGUUCCACGGCCGUGACAACGUUAAACGGCUCUGGAAUGAAACCAAGGGCAUGACUAUCAGUAUCAAGAAGAGCAGAUUUGCGGUGCAAGGUCUCGACGGAACAUUCACUGCUUUCAGACAUAAUGAAGCCGAUGGUGGUUUCAAAGUGUACUAUUACACCGGUGAGCAUAAAACAGAGCCUGAAGGGACGAAGCUACUCAAGUACGUCAGCACGUACUCCAAGGACAUCUUCCUCCAUAUCAGACAAGAUUUCAAAAACGGCAAAGUGCUCAACGAAUACCACUACGACUAUCGUGCUCCGGCCAAGAAGAAUUUCAAGUUGACCAAGGGCAUCGAUACCAAAGUUCCCAUGGGUCGGCGUUGUGUGCGUGGAGAGAACAAUCUACAGAGCGUGCAGUAUAAUCGAAAGGGGCUUAUCGAGGCAGGAUCUUACAUGAAAGACGGCAACCUUGUUCGUUUCAAAUACCAUUACCGCAAAAAUCCCCGGUUUGGAGAUGAACUGCUUCGUGCUGAGUUUGUGCUUUCUCACAUCACUUGUACUGUUUCUUGGUGUGCACCGCCUCUUCGUCACCCGGAAAAGAUCGAACGAUGGAUUCCUCAUUCCAAGGUCACAGAGGCAACUUUCGUCCAGGGGGCUGAUGUCUACGAGAGUCGUUGGCUGUACGAUCACAAGUUCCAUCCUACCAUUUUCACGACUCUCAAUGGCCAGAAGAUACAGACUCCACCAAUGAUUGAACACGACUUUUUGGGAGUUCUGGAAAAGCCCAGGUUCACCAGCUUCGUGCAUGACAAUCCUUUCUUUUACUGCGAUAGUCUCAGUUCAAAUGCCGUCACCCGGUUCUUGGGGCUAGCAACGCAGCGCUUCCCUGUGUCAACCUCGGGUGGUCGUUCAUUGAUGUGGAAGGCUUGGAAGGACAGAGUUGAUCUUGAUGGAAUUAUCGUCCGUUGGAUGGAUGAUCGACUCCUACGAAGAGAUAAAACUCUGGCUCCCUACUGGCGCUGUCGUAACCGCGGCGAUCUCAGCUCAGCAAAGAAAUACCUAGACCUGCGUGCAGAUGCUGUCAUGGCCAGUGCGGAUUUGGACGACAACAUCUCCAGUUGGACACCACUCGCGGUUAAAGUCAGCGAUCUCUUCAACUUUGGUCCUGGUGGUGAUGCAGUGGUGCAUACCCGAUCCAAGGACUUUGGCUCUGAUACCGACAAGACGCUACAUGUGAUGGCCGCUGAUACCGGAACCUGGCCCAACGAAGGUGGUGGUGUCUCUGCGUGCCGUCGCGACAUGAUCAACUCUUUGCGAACCAUCAAGUGGCAUAUGAUCUGCGAGUCGGCCAACGAUUUCGGCGUCCCCAAACACCAAACUGAGCAAAAUAUCCAGUCACUGAAGAUGAUCCCUCUCUGGGGUUUGGAUUUCCUUACGCCUACCCACGGUCUUUUCAGGAACAAGCUGGAUUCUGAAGUGGACAAUGUUACUUCAGCCAGUACUCUUGACAUCAAGCUCAACUUCAUUCCGAUAUUGACUGCAUUGGUCAAGGGUGCUCGUGCUGUGGAUCUUUCCAAGGCCGACAUCAAUCAAGCGACUCGAGCGUUGGUGAAUCUGAACACAUACUUCCAGGACUCCCGACAUUGGACGCAAGUCUGGAACAGCGAAAUCGUCAAGGAAAGCUGGCGAGAUCUAUGGCUCACCCAGGAAAUGCCCAAUGCCAUCCCAUCUUCGCAGUGGUUCGACACCGAGCUCCCUACUCUAUCGUCUCUCGACAUUGCUCUGGAGCUUUGGUACCGGUACUUGUUCAUCUUCUCGAUUCCGGUUCCUGAUAAAAUUCCAGGCGUGUUCCAGGCAUCGCACCACAGUGUGAGUGCAUCCUAUGGCGUGGUGUGCAAGAUCAAACGAAAGUGUACACUGCAGAUUUGGGACCACGCCAUUAGCUGGCGUGAAACUAAUCUCUGCAUGUCGUCUGCACUUUGCAAGCUGUCUCCCUUUGUCCGAAAUGCUCUGCUUGGUUUGAUGCGGAUCACCUCCGUCCUGACCUUGCAUCAUGCCGAUAUCAUCUUGCCGUGUGCGGAUUUCUUCAAUCCAGGCUGGGAGGUCGAGAUCGGUACCUCGCAGGGAGCCAUUGAGCACCGCAACAUCUUCCGUCGAAAAGUUGACCCUGUUGUCAACGGUAUCACGGACAUGCAGAAAUUUGCCCCCGUCAAGGAAAUCAUGUCCCAGCGUCCUACGGUGACCAUGUUGUCGCAUGUGUGGUAUGCAAAGGAUAUUAAAACCGCGCUACUUGCUGCCGAUAUCAUCAUCAACCAGUGGAAGUUUGACGACUACCACCUCGACAUCUACGGAGCCAUCGACAAGGCCCCCACCUACUCCACGGAAUGUCAAGAGAUCAUUGCCUCCAAGGGUCUGCGCGGUCGAGUCACCCUUUGUGGCACUGCGGACCCGAUGAAGGUUCUGGAAAACACCUGGCUGUUCCUUAACUCAUCCUUGUCGGAAGGUCUACCCCUCGCUCUAGGAGAGGCUGCUCUAACUGGAGCUCCUGUUGUCUGUACCGACGUGGGCGCUUCCCUCCGUGUUCUUAGCGACCCUGAUGAUUUCUCCCGCUUCAGUGCCGUGGUCGCGCCCAACGAUGCUCUUUCUCUGGCAAAGGCCCAGAUUGGAAUGCUCGCGAUGCUUGGUGAAUGGAGUAAAUAUGCCGAGGACACCGUGCCUCCCCCGGUCCUUACCUCGUCCCCUACUCCGGAGGAAGUGGCCAAGAUCACCCACCGCAUGUAUGAGAAAAGUGAACACCGUCGAAAACUCGGUAUGAUGACGCGCAAGAUCGUGCAGAAAUCAUUUAGUGGCGAUCGUUACCUCCGCGAGCACGAGCAGAUGCUCUGGAUCGGAAAGUCGGCCAAACUCAUGGCCAGCCGUCCCUUUGGGGAUAUGGGCGCCGAACCCGCAGAUAUCGCAACCGCCAUCCAACAAAUCAUACCUAUCGAGGAAGAAGUCAUCACCAUCCCUCGUAGUGCCGUCCACUCAUGGCGCUCCUCCACUGCGUCAGGCAUGUCCACCCUGUACAGCACCGUGUCCAACUUCCCCAUGCUCAACGGCGACCAGCGAGCAUCAUCCAUCCGCUCCGGUAUCAGCAACGUCUCAACAGACACCGACUCCUUCCUGCGUCUCCCCAACGCCGCCUCUCUCCCUGUCUUCGCUCCUCGCCAAUCUGUUAUCUUCCCCCCGUCCCCGGGUAGCAAGUCACCCACAAACCGUCGGUCUCACUCCGGACACUUGUCACCCUUGUUCACGCGCAGUAGACACUCUCACAGUCGAUCCAUUUCAACGGCAGGCCGGGAACAGCUACGCGGUCUUCAACGCGAAGACCCGCAUCCGUAUCGCAACUCCGAUGUGAGCACCAUCAUGCGAGACGAGUUCCUCCAAUCAAGCGUCUACAGGGGACUAGAAGUCAACAACAGUAGUGUUUCGAAGAAUGAGUCUUUGCCUCCUUAUUUGAGCUGA